GCCCUCCGCGCCGGCGGCGGAUGCGCCCGCGGCUGGGGCCGCCGCGGGCGCGGGCGCGGCUCCACAGGACGAUGCCGCCAGCAAGGUCCUCUCGGCCGCGGCGCCCACUGGCACGCGGGACGCGGACCCGCCGAGCCAGCAGCGGCCCCCGGCGGGGGAGCCCCGCGGGGCACAGGGCGCGGCCCCGUCGGCACGGGCACCUGGCGAG